AUGGAGCUUUUUACCACACUGGCAUCAUAUUUUGAUGGUGAUGUUUUACAAAGUGUUACGAGUGCCGAAUUAUUGAAUUCCGAAAUAGUCCAAGUUCUAUUGGAAGUUUUCAAUAAUCCCGACGAGCAGCUGGCCAAUGAUGCUAGAUCUGCGUUUCUCGAAGUCUUCAUGGGCCAAACUCUUACUAAGAAGUCAAUCACUGGAGCAGAUAUGCCUGCAACUCCAUUUGGUCUUCUUAUCCACAAAUUACAAGAUUUGUUGAGCCGCUCAGAACAUUUUGAAGUAGUUACCGUUCAUUCAAAUAGCUUUGAAGGAAAUAGGAGUAGUGCUGCAUCGAUGCUUGCUAAACAAAUUCGUCUCAAGCUGGUAGCUGAUGAGGACUCCGAAAUUCCAAGAUCGUACCGAAACAUUAUGGUUUCUAUUCAUGCCAUCGCUACUUUCAAAGCUUUGGAUGAUUACCUUCGUCCCAGAAUCAGCUUGUCUGAUCGUCCUCGGCCACCUAGAGCUAGAGAUGGCCUUUCUGGUGCGUUAGCUGCUCUUGCUGCAGCCGGCUUACCCAAUCCAUAUGCCGGUAUUCCCAAUGCCCAGGCACGUCUCGCCGCCGCCGCAGCCGCCGCAAAUCCAACCGCAUCUACCCCUCGCACUUCUCGUAGGGCAAAAUCAAAGUCUGGUCCUGCCCCAACGCCUGCAUCGGCCGACCAAUCGACCUCGAGCACACCAGUAGAUAAACCUGCUCGGCGUUCGGCUCGGCGUUCGGGAGCUCAGACUGAUCCACCUCCCCCACCUCCACCACCCAUGCAAGAAGAGGAUGCCCUUGCUACGGCUCUCGAGUGUGCUGAUGAGCGACAGAUGAGUGAGGAUGAGGAGUUAGAAGAUAGCUCUGCAUUGGACGCCAUUGUCGGUGAUAUGGAAGAAGAAAUGGAAGAGGAUCCCGCUGUUGAUCCUACAGCUGUAAAUCUUGAGGUCGCUGCAGGUGGCAAGGUCACAGCCCGUAAAGAAGAUGGUACAAGAGUUGCGACCCCAUCACAAUCUUUACCAAGCACUUCCCGCAGUAGCUCUGCACUCCAGGCAGCUGCUGCUCAAGAGGCAUUGUCCACACCAACCACAUCGUCCAGACCUAUGUCUUAUGCAGCUGCGAUCCAAGCUGUUCCGUCAGAUUGGCACAUUGAGUUCAGUUUGGAUGGCAAAGUAAUUGCUAAUGAUACUACCAUCUACCGCGCUGUUCAUACCAUGGCCAACACGGUGGAAGAUCAAUCAAGUCGAACGUGUUCCAGGGCCGCCCCUCCAGAGCCUAGCUCUCUCUCUCGGGCAUCAGAGGCCAGUACAGAAACUACGGCAUCUGGUAUUCCCGCAUCGCUAGAUAAGCAUCCUGCAACAUCCUCAAUCCUUCGAUUACUUAACAUCCUACACGCUCUCAAUGCCAACCUAGAUGACGUUUUGGCUGAUAAUAAGGAUGCUUUGAAAUUAAAUGCGGAGCCUUUGUCACAGUUUGUGAACACUAAGCUCACUGCAAAGUUGAACAGGCAACUUGAGGAACCCUUGUGGUUGCCAGUAAUUGUCUUCCAACUUGGAGCGAAGAUCUUGCUCGACUUUACCCGUUCUUGUUUCCUUUCGAGACACUCAACAUCUUUUGGCUAUGCUCGUUCAAUGACUAGAUGGCAGAAUGCCCAAUCUGCUGACGAAUCCCGCCGAGACCGUCAUCGCGAUGAACGUCCUUUCCUAGGUAGGCUUCAACGCCAGAAAGUCCGGAUAUCUAGAUCGAAGAUUUUGGAAUCAGCCUUGAAAGUUAUGGAGCUUUAUGGUGCAUCCCAAAGUAUCCUGGAGGUCGAGUACUUUGAAGAGGUUGGAACUGGUCUCGGGCCAACACUUGAAUUUUAUUCUUCGGUUUCGAAAGAGUUCUCCAAGAAGAAACUCAAGCUUUGGCGCGAGAACGAUAACGAUACCGAUGAGUAUGCAUUUGGUGUCCGAGGCCUUUUUCCAGCACCUAUGAGCGAAGAACAAUCAUUGAAUGAGAAUGGAAAGAGAAUUUUGCACCUUUUCAAGAUGCUCGGCAAGUUCGUUUCUAGGUCCAUGAUCGACUCUCGCAUUAUCGACGUUUCUUUCAAUCCCACAUUUUUCCGCAUUGGCGACGAAUCAAAUCCUGUGACUCCCUCUCUGGGUACGGUCAAAACUGUCGACCCUCAAUUGGCCAAGUCCCUCAAGAUGAUAAAGAAGUUCUCUGUUGCAAAGAAGGCUAUUGCUGAGGACUCGAGUUUGACAGCUACUCAGAAAGUCCUUGCUACAGAAGCUUUGGAAAUUGAUGGGGCUAAGAUCGAAGAUCUCAGUCUGGACUUCACACUUCCUGGAUAUGCGAUUGAUCUUCUUCCCGACGGCUCUUCAAUCUCUGUCACUAUUGACAACGUUGAUCUCUACCUUGAGAAAGUUAUUGAUAUGACUUUGGGAAGUGGUGUUCAAAAACAAAUCGAUGCAUUCCGUGAAGGCUUCACUCAAGUCUUCCCAUAUUCUGCUUUGAGGGCCUUCACUCCGGAUGAGUUGGUUAUGUUGUUUGGUAGAGUUGAAGAGGAUUGGUCUCUUGAAACUUUGACCGAUUCUAUCAAAGCAGACCACGGCUUCCAUAUGGACAGCAAGAGUGUGAAGAACCUGCUCCAGACAAUGAGUGAGCUCAGUCUGCCAGAUCGUCGGGACUUCCUUCAAUUCACUACUGGAAGCCCAAAACUUCCCAUUGGUGGCUUCAAGAGUCUUACACCAAUGUUCACUGUGGUUUGCAAACCUAGUGAACCACCCUACUCUUCUGAUGACUACUUACCAAGUGUCAUGACAUGUGUCAACUAUCUCAAACUGCCCGAUUAUACUGACUUGGAUGUCAUGCGACGACGUAUGAGUACUGCCAUUAGGGAAGGACAGGGAGCUUUCCAUCUGUCAUAA